UAUUUUCAGUCAAUGAAAUACCAUGGCUAAGAUAUAUUACAUAUUUUCAAUUGUUCUAUUUGCUUCAGUUUUGUUGGGUGCUCCAACAAAUGAGACAAUUUCAGAAGAUGGUGAGAGUACAAGAAUUUUAAAUGGUAAAUCUGCGACAGCAGGACAAUUUAAAUUUCAAGUUUCAAUCCAAGAAAAAAAAUCAGGUGGAGCUACAAGUAAAUUUUGUGGUGGUGUAAUCCUAAAUAAACAUUGGAUUCUUACUGCAGCUCAUUGCUUUGAGGGUAGUACUCCAAGCAUACAUUAUCGAAUUAAUUGUGGUGUAACUGCUGCAUAUGACUAUGGCAAAACAUCCCAGGACGUUAAAGUUAAAACUGUUUUUAAUCAUCCUAAUUAUGAUCCAGAUACGGUAGCCAAUGAUAUUGCAUUAUUAUUAUUAGAAGAUCCCUUGGAAUUCAACAAAUAUGUUCAACCAAUUGAAUUACCACCAAAAAGUUAUGAAGCUCAUGGCGAUGGAACAAUCAUGGGUUGGGGUGCUAUUGAUAAAAUGGAAACAGUUUCUUCACCUGAUCUAUUAUACGCUCAAACAUCUGUUUCAACACCUCAAGAAUGUAAGAAAUUCUUUGAAAUAACCAGUUCACAAAUAUGCCUUGGUCUUCAUAACAAAAAUAACGCCUGCUUUGGAGAUUCUGGUGGUCCAUUCGUUCAAGAUGUGGAUGGAACUUUACGUGUUGUGGGUGUUACAUCGUACGGAGAAUAUGGAUGCGAUGCAGAUAAACCAAUAGUAUAUACAAAAGUAACAGCAUUUUUAGAUUUUAUCGCUGACACAAUUAACAAAAAUUCCAAAGGAUUAACUUUAGUUGAUUAAAAUAUCAAAAUGUUGUUUAAUAAAAAUUAAA